GCAGCGCUCGUUGGGUAGUGUCUCUAGUUACUGUUGCUAAGGCUGCGGCUCACCUGAGGCGGCAGGAGUCAGAAGUUUUGGGAGCCAGGGCCUGAGAGAAGUCAAGCGAGGUUCUGUACAAGAGCCCGGGGAGAUGGUGAAGCAGACGAUCCAAAUUUUCGCCAGGGUGAAGCCCACUGUCCGGAAGCAGCAACAAGGGAUUUAUUCCAUAGAUGAAGAUGAAAAAUUAACACCUAGUUUGGAAAUCAUCUUACCUCGUGAUUUGGCAGAUGGAUUUGUGAAUAACAAGCGAGAAAGCUACAAAUUUAAAUUUCAAAGGAUUUUUGAUCAGGAUGCAAAGCAAGAGGCUAUUUUUGAAAACAUUGCCAAACCAGUUGCUGAGAGUGUCCUGGCAGGUUACAAUGGUACCAUCUUUGCAUAUGGACAAACAAGCAGCGGUAAGACAUUCACCAUCACAGGUGGGGCAGAACGCUACAGUGACAGAGGCAUUAUCCCAAGGACACUGUCAUACAUUUUUGAGCAAUUACAAAAGGACAGCAGCAAAAUAUAUACAACGCACAUUUCCUAUUUGGAAAUCUACAAUGAAUGUGGUUAUGAUCUAUUGGAUCCAAGACAUGAAGCCUCCACUUUGGAAGAUUUGUCGAAAGUGACAGUGUUGGAAGACCCUGAUCAGAAUAUUCACCUGAAAAACCUGUCUCUUCACCAGGCCACCACAGAGGAAGAAGCUCUGAAUCUGCUUUUCUUAGGAGACACCAACAGGAUGAUUGCAGAGACUCCUAUGAACCAAGCUUCAACCCGUUCCCACUGCAUUUUCACCAUUCACUUAUCAAGCAAGGAGCCAGGAUCCGCAACUGUCCGACGUGCCAAACUUCAUUUGGUUGACCUGGCUGGUUCAGAACGAGUUGCGAAGACAGGAGUAGGGGGCCAGCUUCUAACAGAGGCCAAGUACAUCAACUUGUCACUGCAUUACUUAGAACAGGUUAUCGUUGCCCUUUCAGAAAAACACCGUUCACACAUUCCGUACAGGAACUCCAUGAUGACCAGUGUCCUAAGAGAUAGUCUGGGAGGGAACUGCAUGACAACCAUGAUUGCAACACUCUCUUUAGAGAAAAGGAAUAUCGAUGAGUCUAUAUCUACCUGCAGAUUUGCACAACGAGUGGCACUCAUAAGGAAUGAAGCUGUUCUUAAUGAAGAAAUCGAUCCCAGAUUGAUGAUUCUAUGCCUACAAAAGGAAAUCCAGGAGCUGAAGGAUGAACUUGCCCUUGUCACUGGGGAGCAGAGGACAGAGGCACUCACAGAAGCCGAGCUCCUUCAGCUGGAAAAACUAAUAACAUCCUUUUUGGAAGACCAGGAUCCAGAGAGUAAACUAGAGGUUGGCGCUGAUAUGCGUAAAAUUCAUCACUGUUUCCAUUAUUUAAAGAAACUACUGACCGACAAGAAGAUCCAUGGACCGAGCAGAGCCCCCUCCUCCGAAGUCAAAGAUCAAGUCAACCAAGGACCAUCCACAGAGGAAGAAUAUAAGAAGCUACGAGAGAUUCUCCAGCAGAGAGAUAAUGAAAUCAAUAUUCUGGUGAAUAUGUUAAAGAAGGAGAAGAAGAAAGCUCAGGAUGCUCUCCAUUCCUCCAGCAUGGACAGAGGUGAGCCAAGACGCUCCCAGAGCUCACCCUUCCCACCUGGGAACCCGGAAGGUCUGAGGACAUUGCCACUCUCAGCUCCCACUCAGGCCCAGGACUCGAGCGUUAUUCAGUACAGAUCCAGUUUGCUCCACAGGAAAACAGGAGUGAGAGAGGAAAUGUCGUUAGGACGCCAGGAAGCUUUUGAAAUUUUCAAGAGAGACCACGCUGACAGCGUUACCAUUGAAGACAACAAACAGAUUCUGAAGCAGAGAUUUUCUGAAGCAAAGGCCCUGGGAGAAAGCAUAAAUGAAGCAAGAAGUAAAAUUGGUCGCCUGAAGGAAGAAAUCACCCAGAGGCACGUGCAGCAGGUAGCUCUAGGUAUCUCAGAAAACACAACUGUGCCCUCAGCGCCAGACCCGAUGGAAGAGAAGCUGCGAUCACAGCUGGAGGAGGAAAAGACAAGGUAUAAAACCAUGUUCACGCGCCUGAAGGCCCUGAAGGUGGAGAUCGAGCACUUGCAGUUACUCAUGGACAAGGCCAAGGUGAAGCUGCAGAAAGAGUUUGAUGCCUGGUGGGCAGAGGAGGCCACCAGCCUGCAGGUAAACUCCCCACCAGUGAAUUUGUUCAACCACGUGAAGCCCUUUCCCCAGACGCCAGAAUCCCAGCACAAGAGGUCCCAGCUUCUCUCUAACCAGAGCGAUGUGUAUACCAGGAAGAUCCUGCCCUCGCCUGGCCCCCUCCUGCACAGCCAGGAGCAGAGCAGCACAGGCACCCGCCUGGAAGACAGCAUCGCCAAGAGGCCAGUGUCAUCCGUCCCUCUGACUGGGGACAGCCAGACAGACUCUGAUAUCCUGGCAUUCAUCAAGGCCAGACAGAGCAUUCUGCAGAGGACAGAUCGGCCCUCCUCUCUGCCUUCCUUCCCUUCCACCUGAGGACAAGCACAACUACCUGCGGACGGUGUCCAGACCCACCGAGGAUACUCGGGCUAAAGAGAUUGCAAGCCCUGCCUGAGAUCCCCAGACAGCGGUGGAUGGGCUUCCUAAACGGUAAAGAGAGAACUCUUCACAUAUUGAGCUCCUCCAGGGCAAUAAAAUAGGAUUUGAUUAUCACACGGCCUGUCAGGUAUAAGUACAGCCCCAGCUUAGGGCCAGGAAUGGGCGAGUCAGCAGUGACAAGAGGACUGCCAGCACUCUUGCCCAAUCUCUGCAACACACCAGGAGAAAACAGUCAAGGGCAAGAAUUGUGACUCCAGACGCUGCUUCUGCCCCAAGACAAGCCCGCCUCCCAGCACUGUGGGGUCUGACAAAGCUCUGGGGGUGAGGAGGGCCUUAUAAAGAUGGCUUUAGACCCCCAGGUGGCCUCAGGGACCCAGAACCAGCAGGACUACAGAGAAGGUGGCUGCCACCCCCAGACAGGGGACCAACUGGGUGUGCUUCACCCACCAGGGCUCCCCAGGAACCAGGAGGAGACCAAGACUACAGUGUCCCAUAGUCUUUGUCCAUACCCCUAUCGGUCUUCACUUCAUCCACUGCUCAGACACAACCCCCCCCCUCUUGGGGCUGUUUCUCAGACACAUUAUCAUGAUGGGUGAGACCAGUCAUGCUCCUGCCUGCUGAUAUGUAUAAAUGUGGGCUUCUGUUAGCCGGAAGGAGGGAAAGGAUAUCGAGCCAGCAGCUCCUAUCUGUUGUGCAGCUCAUGACAGGAAACGCCAGAAAACACAAGCAAAGAACUUGCAACGCUCACACACUGCUGGUAGGGAUGUAAAAUGUGCAGCCACUUCGGAAAAGUCUGGCAGUUCCUCAAAAAGUUAAACAUAGAGUGACCAUGUGACCCAGCAGUUCUACCCCUAAGCAGGUGAGAGGUACAUGAGAGGAAUGAAAACAUACAGACCUACAAAAAACUUGCACAUGAAUAUUCAUAGCAGCAUUAUUCAUUUAGUAGCCAAAGUGGAAGCAACCCAAAUAUCUUUCAACUGAUAAAUGGAGAAAUGAAAUGUUGGUAUAUCCAUGCCAUGAAAAGUUAUUCAGCCAUAAAGAAUGAAGUACUGAUAUAUACCACAUUAUGGAUGAACCUUAAAAACAUUAUACUAAUUAAAGAAGCCAAGCACAAAAGGCCAUGUAUUGUAUGAUUACAUUUAUGUGAAAUUUCCAGAAUAGGGAAAUCCAGAGACAGCAAGUUAAAGGUUGCCAGAGGCUGAGGGAGCAGGCUGGGUGGCAGAGGGUGUUAGCUAAAGAGUACAGGCUUCUCUCUGAGGUGAUGACAAUGUUCUUAAAUCGAUUG